UUUUAAAGGGCUAAACUGCACCAGCCCCCCUUAAAUCUUAGCAUGAUUAAGCUGACGGGGACUCAAAAGUCAGAGCGUUCACAUAACCCUAUGCGUUGCAGGCCCCCAUGCCCAACAAUUUUACAGAUCAGGAAUCUGAGGUGCGGAAAGGUUCGCUGAGGAUUUGUUAAUUGCAUAGUUAAUGGAACAACUGAAACUUAAGCCCCAGUUUCUUGACAGUAAAUCCUGAACUUGCUUCCAACCGUCUUAUAUCCAGAUUGUGGUAUAUGACUGUCUCUGCAAGCCUGUGGGCGACAUCGUGGUUAUUCCCCACGAGGGUGAGGAAACAUGAACUGAUAUUCAAUGACAGAAGACUCGGGGCUGACAGUUUCCACUGGGCGCAUUCCUUUCUCUCUUUUUCACUCAUUUUCACGGCCCCCUGAAAACUCUGGCUGGGAGCUGGGCUGGGAGAGGAGCACUUCCCGCUUCCCUGUCUUUCUUUUCACAGCUGCAAAGCUCAGUGAGUUGAACUGCAGUGCUUUGAGUGCACUGCUCACUGCCACGACCAACCUCUGUUGUAAAUUUUCCUCCCAGAACACGUGACGAUGCAUGUCUUGACUAUAUAUCCCAACCGCAGCCCCAGAAUUGUCAGAACGCGGAGCCCGCGCCGAGGGAGAGCGCUCUUAGACCAGCCGUUCAGGAACUCAGGACUUGGGGCAAAUUCGCCAGCCUUUGACUCUGGCUGUGUGAGCAGUGCUUCAAUGCUGAAGAUGGAGCCUCUGAACAGCACCCAGCCCAGCACCGCCGCCCCCGGCAGCCCCCUGGAGUCCCAGGUGCCCGGCAGCCGCAGUGGCAACGGGAACGAGUACUUUUACAUCCUGGUUGUCAUGUCCUUCUACGGCGUUUUCUUGAUUGGAAUCAUGCUGGGCUACAUGAAAUCCAAGAGGCGGGAGAAGAAGUCCAGCCUCCUGCUGCUGUACAAAGACGAGGAGAGGCUCUGGGGAGAGGCCAUGAAGCCACUGCCCACGGUGUCAGGCCUGAGGUCGGUGCAGGUGCCUAUGAUGUUCAACAUGCUGCAGGAGAGCGUGGCGCCCGCCCUGUCCUGCACCCUCUGCUCCAUGGAAGGAGACAGCCUGAGCUCCGAGUCCUCCUCCCCAGACGUGCACCUCACCAUCCAGGAGGAGGGGGCGGAUGACGAGCUGGAGGAGAGUUCCGAGACGCCCCCCAACGAAAGCAGUGAAGGGUCCUCGGAGAACAUCCAUCAGAAUUCCUAGCAGCCCCAGGGCCCCUGGAGGUGGCCCCAACAGCCAGCACCCUUAGAGAGAGGGAGGAUACUUCUUGUGCCUGGUUUCACUUUUGCAGAGCAGCUGCCAUUUUAAAGAGACCCUCUGCAAGCCCCUGCAUGGGGGGCGGUGGGGGCCAAGGCUCCCCGGGAGCCAGCCGCAGCCAGGCGUCGAUGACGUGCCUGGUGUGGACCGCUGCAGCAAAAGCCCUGAAGGUGUGCAGUGGGUACAUGUACUCUGGGGCCUGGGGCUGGGCUUCCUGCCCGGAAUUGGCGGUCCAUGUGCUUGCUCUUGUCUUCUCACCGGAUGCCCUGGUAGCUCCUGCAGCCUCUGCCCAAGCCCAGAGCUGCCAAAUGCCUAGCACAGGCUGAGGGGCUAGUUUUGAUUUGUUAAUUUGCCUGGAGCUUUGUUCUGGAUCUGACUGCCUAUGAGUACCUCUGUUGUGUGCCUGUGGCAAUAGUUCACAGCCAGUUACUGAGUGUCUUUUGCAGGUCUUUUAGGCUAGAUGGGGAAACUCAAUGGAGGACUUUUGAGGAGAGAAAGCUGGAGAUCUGAACCUGGUCUGUUUGCAUACAGUGAGGAAAAAAGAUGCAACUUGAAGCCUGUUGACAUUGGCUGGGAUUGAAAAACAUGGUCUGGUAUUUUGACCCUUUGUGUAACCUAUAACCUUGAACUCUUACCUGGGACCGUCUAGCAUCGCAUGCUGGCAUGAUACUUUGUUGGAAGAGCUUCCCCAGAACCCAAACUGCACUUCAUACAGCCAUGCAGGGGACUGUUUCUGAUCUUUGCAAAGGGCGAUGGAGCAGUUGAACAAGGCUAGAUUGCUAGUUCUCCUGCUGCUUUUUCCCAGCUGUGUUCUGAGCUGGGAGAGGACAUAACACGUGCCUCCAUAAUACUGCAUUUCGUCAUGUAGCUGAGACCUUGAGGGGCAUAACUCAGGUGGAGGUUGCACAAAGCCAGGCCCACAUUCCGUGUGCGGUCCAGGGCAUGUCAUCCAGAGGCUUACUGCCUCCAUGGCACCCCUGAUGACCUACACCACUAGGGCCUGGGAGGAUAUCUUUAGAUUUUUAAGACUCUGUGAAGUCCUGCAUGGCCCGGUGUGAGGAAGCUUGGAUAAAAUAUUUCUCCUUUGGUCCGUUAGUCUGAAACAAGGAUCUGCUUAUUUAAAGGAGCAGUCAGAGACUCAGAGCACAGGUAACCUGGAAAUUCAGGGCAAAUCACCAACCUGUCUGAGCUGUUGUUUGCCCAGCCGUGAACCAGAGAGGCAGAUGCUGCAUUUUACUCUGCGGAGUUAUCUGGGUGGUGGAAUGUUAACACUGGGGCUGAGAGAAUAAGAAGUCUACAACAAGAUGCUCAGGAAUGCUCGCUGAUGUCUCCAUGUAUUCCUGUGGUCCGUAGCUUUGUAGCAGGCCCUUUAGGCCCUGGAAGACAAGGAGGAAGAGAAACACACCAAAAGGUCAAAUUUAAUUCUAGUAAAAACAAAGAAAGGUUUUUUUUUUUUUUUUAAUGCAUGCUCUCCUUGGAUUGGAGACUUCGGUAACUACUGUUCCCAUGGAAGGGUUAACAGUGUAGGGGCUGGUUUAUCAGUCCUCCUCAACACAGCGCUAGAGGAAAUUUAUGUUUUGGGGAAAAGGGCCCUCUGUUCACUUUAAAAUUCAGUGUGGAUUUACUCCAACGGAGGCUCUUUAAGGUGAAAGAAGCCAAGUUAAGUUUGGCUCCUUGCCUGGAAUCACUUGAAUUCUGAAACUUUACUGCGACGGACAUGUGCAUUGUCACAUUUUCCAUUGCUUAAUCCUGAAGUUUGGUGCAAGUCUAUCUGCGCCUGUUAAGAAAGUGAUGUAUAUACUUCCUUUUUAUUCUAUGAAGUUGUAAAAAAUUGUCUUCUGUAUUUAACAGUUUGUAAUUUUCACAUUUUUUAAUUUAAAUAAAAAACACAUUUUCCCUAGGAA